CUGGAGUUUGUACGUAGCACAGGUGCAGUAGCACUACUGACGGACCUGUUUGAAACUCCCCAUGUGUAGCAGUUUGAUGUUGCAAUAUAUAAAGCCAACGAUGGCCAUCAUUGUCCUGACCUGGGUACUUGUACAGAGCCACCACCGCCUCUGGGCGAUCUUGCUCAUCCAUGUCUCGAAACUGACGCUGCGUGCCGGUCGACUAGAAAUAAAACCAGAAGAAGCAACCCCAAACGAGCGGUCUUGCUAGUGGCGUUGAAGAUAAGGCGGGUGAAGAAGCACUGCAGUGCACUGGCAAAUAACAAUAAUGAGCAGCCCGGUGCAAGGAUGCCAUGGCUUGGCAUCUGAAAGAUCUUCGACGUCAAGAUCUCCAUGUCGAUGCAUCAUCGGGUCUUCGCUCGAGUCCCCAAGAAGGUUCUUCCCCCUCACAUGUGGCUCGGUUGAUGGGAGAAUUGAUCAAGCUGGUGUAUGUGGUGUAGCCGGUAAAACGGGACUAAACAGUGCAUCCUCGCCAACAGCUUUGCCAUGCUCUUCCCCAAGAGCAUCGUGACCUUUGAGGCUGUCGGUGCGCUUUUGCCUACCUGGCUCUCGGUAUGUCUCAUUUCAGUUUUCAGGCAAGUCCCAGCAGAGCCCCUGCUUCACCGAAGCUACGGCCCUUGGGUGUUGUCGGUGUUCGACGAGGAAUGUGCAAUAUGCCCUUGUACAGCAUCCAUCCCAUUAGGCCUGUAAUAGCACAAGUGGACGCCAGAAGCUGGACAUAUAUAUCCCUCCGUCGGCGUAAUUGGGCCAACCUGUGUUGUGUUACGUCGUGACGUACAAGAUCCUUCGACUGGUCCUGCCCGAUAUCCGAGAUCGAAAACCACGAACCCAAAAUAGGGAUUGGAGUCACGCAGUUCUCCAAGAUUGCUUGCAAGACCUGCGGCAAAUUCCUCUUUCUUGGAACUUGCCAGGGUAAUACAGACCCGGCAGAGGCAAGGCCAUCUUUGCGGCCCAGCACCACGGAUACAUCAACCGGUCCACCGAAUAUCUCUCCCGAAUGCUUUCGAGCCCAACCAUCUAGUUUCGCAUAUUUGUUGUGAAGAGCGUCCUUCAGCCACGCUUGUGGCAGAUUAGGGCUCUGCAUAAGCGCAAGAUACCCCAAUGCCAGACAAUCCACGCUGGAAGUUUGAUCUCUGAGAAACCACUCUUUUUCUCCCAAGGCGUCCAGCAGUGGCUCGAAGAAGUCAGAAGUGAUGCCAUCUAAACGAAAUCGGUUCUUCUGCAUGUUCCUUCCAAGCAGCCCACUGACAGUUUGCCUUGGUUUCCGCAAGGAUUUCGGGAUCUGUGCCGUUAACACUGCAUCCUCCUUCUUGUCUUCCUGCGCAGUGUCCACAUCAAGGCCGCUGAGCCCCAAAUGUUCCGAUCUCUUCUUUGCUUUUGCUCGUACUUGAUGAGGCACAGACCAGCUGUUGGGCCACGUCAAGAUUUCGGUCGAGCAGAGGCUGGCCGCGAGAUUCGAGAAAGGAUGAUAGGGCGGCGCGAUCGGCCCGUUGUUUGUCGUCGAGGUCUUUGUCGAGGUCCCAUUCUCCGCCUGAGACAUGUUUCAAGUACGCAACGAUAUUGUCAAACCCUGAUACCCAAGUCUCGCCAUUGCGUAGGGCUGGAAGCUCUCCAAGAGGGCUGACGGCCGGAUCGCUAGAAGGGAUCAAUGACCAGGCGUCAGCAGGAAGGCAGCUGCGCAGGUAACAAAUCGCCGCAAGACAUGGGGCAUCGAUAGAGGGCAGGUCAAAAGCUGGGCCCCAUAUGUGCAAUUCCAGCACCAUUUCUUGCCGUACCGGGAGGACAAUUGACGACAGGGAGUAAAGGGCACGCACGCCCCCAAGGGUUCCAGUUUGGAAUUCCAAACCGCAAAAACGCGUCUUUGGACAUAGAAUAUGUCCGGCAGAGCAUAAAGCAAAGGUAGAGCGGAGUAUACUUCUCAAUUACGCAGCUGCUCGCAAUACCUUCCAAAUGCUGCUAUGCUGCUGCUAAAACGCACUAGUGGUUGACUUUACUACUACAAUGUACUGGUAGUAGUAGCCGCCAUAUCAACUCGAUCAACCUCUCUCUCCAUUACUGCAUCAUCAUUCACGCUCCGACUCAGCUGAGUAGGAUCAAGUCAAUCCGACUUUCUGGUGCUCUUCCAAGCAAGCACCAGGCUCCCACUGAUGCAUGAAUGAUCUUCGCCUAGGCCAGUGCCUGGGCACGGUACCGGCACCAUCAUUUCGGCGGAUUUAUAACGAAAGUCAGAUCAACAGCCUUUGCCAUCAGAACAACAUCAUAUUCACGCUUCAAAAGUCCACCGCGCGCGAUGCGCAAGAUGUGCCCAGGAGUCAAACGGCCCAGUCUACGCCAGCGUCCGGGUCUGGACCUGGAUCUGGAUCUUCCAGGAUCGCGCACCAAGCUGGCGUCAACUGCCUGGCCAUAGACCCCGUCUCAGCUCGUUACCUGCUUUCCGGAGGAGCAGACUCCACGAUCCGGUUAUGGGAUUUAGAGAAGAGAGAAACCCCGACCUUCAACUCCCAACCAACAGGUAAUGGCGGCACCAACACCAAUGAACCACAAUACCUGCAGUACUACCGGCCGACAGCGUCCUUGACCCGUGGGUCGGCAGCAGCGGCACACACGCACGCCUUGACAUCCAUCUCGAUCUACCCGUUCGACCCGACGCCGACGACCUUACUGAGCACGAGCUACGACAAGACGCUCAAGGUAACGUCCAUCACGCCCACAUCGCUGGUGCCAGUGCAUACGUUCGACCUCGACUUCCUGCCAUACACGCACUGCAUGUCGACGGUGGUCGAUGCAUCGCCCUUGAUCGCCGUGGGCACCGCUCACCCAGCAGUGCGGCUGCUAGACCUACGAACGGGAUUAUCAACUCACUCUCUAUCCGGGCCCAACGGAGCCGUGUACACGGUAUCAUGGUCACCCAAGAAAUCGUUCCUAUUGGCCUCCGGCUCCGCCGACGGCCGGGUCCUAUUCUACGACAUCCGCCGGGCCAACGCUGUCUUUGCCUCAUUAGACCUCGACGACGCAGUCGGCGUCGUAGGCGAGUUUCCUUCAACUGGGGCUGGGGCGCGACCGGAGCUUCUCGACUUCCAUGCCGUCGCGCACAACGGACCCGUCACGAGCGUGCAAUGGACGCCCAGCGGCGACCGUCUAGUCACAACGGGCCACGACCAGCGCAUCCGGGUAUGGGACACAUGCACAGGCCGCAAUGAGCUGGUCCAUUUCGGCCCGCGCAUCCGCAACGAGAGACACGGCGAAUUGAAACCGCUGAUUUCGCCGCUCGGCACCCAUCGCCCUGGUCACGAGUCGCUGUUCUGGCCUAACGACGACGGCCGCGGCGUCAUUUUCCAGCAUCAUCUGCGCGAGGGCCAUUUACUGAAAUCCCUACGUACCCAAGGCAUCAAGCUCGCCGAGAUCCAAGCUGCUGCAGCUGCCAAAUCACGUGGAGGUGGAGCUGGUCGUGGACGAGGUCGUUGUGGUGUUGGUGGUGCUGGGGCAGGCAGCAGUAGUCUCGGCCGUCUGACGAGCGGCGGCCGCAUCAACGCUAUGGUCUGGCGCUCCAAUGCUCCUGCUGGCGAUGCUGUUGAGAUGUACACUGCGCACGGUGAUGGGAGCAUUUGCGCUUGGAUGCCGCGGCCUGCCGGUACCGGUCUCGGUACCGCGGACCAAGACUACGAAGCAGAGGCAGAGGCAGACUCAGGAGAAGUAGAGCCUCCGCCGGCCCCUGCUGGUACACUUCCGCCGCAAUCCGCCCCGGCAGACGCGGGGGAGGAUGCAGAUCGUCGAAGGAAGCGCAAGCGCGAGCUUAUGGCCGACUUGGUCGAGGGUUUGGCGCGGCGACCUAUGCGGUUCUCGUGACUGCCAGUGGUCUCAGGUUCUACCGAAGGUGGGAAGCGAGUAAAUCAGAUUCAUCUCAUGUUUUUAUCAUACAUACAUCCUGAGCGAUGCCGUCAAAGGGCAGGCACAAUUCAAGAACCCUAUCUCGCGGCCAUCUACCUACAAUUUCUAAAAACGGCAUCACGAGGUGACAUGGUGGUCAACCGAAAAUCAAGGAUGGCCUAAAAACCAAGACUCCCUCUUCGUAUUUGCUUGUCAAUCAGAUAGAUACUCAUAAUCGAGGGAUCAUUUGGCCCAACGCCUAACUCGCUCACAACUCGCUACUACUAGUACCUUACUGAAUCACACCUUCAAACCUUGAGAGAUCUGGUCCCCACACGCUACAAGAAACCGCACCACCACCCGCGCAGCCAGCGUAGUAAGAGUACAAAGAAACGUAAUUUAAAUGCUGUACAACCGUCAAAGUCAACUGUUCCCUCUGUGGUCAUUUCCUGCCAGUGGCGGAGACGAGAUGGUGUCCUCUCCUCGACCUGCCUCAUGCAAGGCUAGAUAGGCAGGAACUGAAAAUCAAACAUAUGCGGGUUCCGCC